ACGGAGGUCGCAGGGCAAACCGCAUGGACCAGAAGUUGGUGAAAUGUUUGUAGCCUACCCUUUAACUCCGUGUAUUUGCUCCAGUGAUUAGCCACCAUUUUCAUGCAAUUGUAAUUGUACACAUUUAUCAUGAUACAUCGAUAUUACACGCCAGACCUACGUUGUUUGGGAACGGUAAAGUAUGUCCCGCUGUGUGACCGUCCUCCGUGGAGCGGUUCCUCGCGUCCGGGGCGGACAGAGCCAGACUCCCGGGAGACGUGUGGCCGCCGACAGCUGCAGUUGAGCGGGCAGGGCUGGCCGGAAGAUCCCUGGAGACAGAGUGGGGUUACCAGACUUUCCUCACACCUGGAAACCAAAUCAUUGAUCCAGGACAAUGUGGUAGAACAACAUGAGAGAUGGCCAGUUUGUCCUACGCAGGCUGGAAAGAGAGCUGAUAUCGUUUCCCUGAGGAAGCAUCUGGGCCACACCAGGCGUUUGGCGUCGGCAAUUAAGCGAGGCCAAAGCUACUUCCACCUCCUGCAGAAAGAGGAGCAGGAGAAGCAGGAGGAAGAGGAGAGGCAGCGGAUGAGGAGGGAGGAGCAGCUGAGAACAGAGCCACGACCUCCCAGUUUCUCCUCCGACAGCGAUUCAGAGGGGUGGCCUCUGCCUACAGAAUCCUGCUGUUCAGGUGUGACUGUAGCGUGGCCGCGCAGGAAGAAGAUCCAGUCAGCGCGACCUUUCACCCCCCUCCAUCACUCUCUCAGCUCCCCUCUGCUGAGUGAAGCACCGAGAGACCCUGGCCGAGGCAGAACCACGAUAAAGAUUCUGAAAGAAGAAAGAGCCAUUGAGAACAAAUGGGAGCAGUUUGUUUCCUCCAAGCCUUGCAGAGCUCCUCCCCGGCGCCCUCGCUGCUCCUCGGCUCGCCUCCACUCACACAGGAAGUCUCCCUUCAUGAGUGCCGCCUCCCUCUCAGCCGUCACCCCCCCCCCACUGGGCAGCAGCAGUGUGUCCUCUCUGCUGCGGGACGUAGGGGAGGACACAGAGUCUUCAGGAGCACAGGAGACAGGCCAAUCUCCCUCAGACUAUCUUUGCACACUCUCAGAUGUCCACCAGAAAGGCAAGAAAGAGAGCCAAAGCUCAAAAACCAGCAAUUGGACCCCACCCGAGUCCAACCCACAGCCCCUGAAGACGGAUGGCCAAACCGGCUCCAAGACCACAAAGAGCUUUCCAACCGAGAGCUGUCCUGCCAUCAGCCACCUCAUCAACGACAAAGCCACCAGGCUACGAGAGAUAACAACUGCCUUUAAGGGAAGAGUGGAGGAGAUAUCUCGGAGCUACGCAGACGUCCUGGAGCUCAAAGCCAGGGAGAGGUUAAACAGCGGCCACCAGGGGUAUCGAGUCCCGGGUCACGUGACCCAGGGCCUUCCUCCCCAUGUGACCUGCCUGUCCCGAGAGUCAGAAGCUCCAGACAACAAGAACAAAAACAAGCACAGUAACAAUAUGUGGCUGUCCUCUCUGCUGAGCAGCCUGCCACUGGAGGUGUGCAGGGAGCGGGCGGGGGGCCGGGUGCUGGAGAAGCUGAGGGGCUUUGCAGAGCAGCAGAGCCUCAGGGUUCCACCUCAGGUCCUGCUGAAGGUGCUGGGGGGUCUGGAGCCGUGGGAGCUCUGUCUGCCUGAGCUGUGUGUGGCCGUCCAGAUUGCCACAGAGCACGUGGUCCAGAUGCCCAGGGAGGAGUACGACACCUGGCAUGGUUCAAGGGUCACUCUGCUCCCACAGUACCGCCAUGCCCCUCAAACACCAGAGUGGCAAUCUACACCUGCAGUCAGAAGCAAUAAGGAGCGAUGGAAUGAGACUCUGGGGAAUAUGUUGAACCAUCCGAGAGAGUGA